CUUGUGGCUGUCUUUUUUUUCUCAUAUAAGCGAGCGUAGUAAUCGAUGGAAAAUUAGUAGCCAGUGAGUAUACGAGUCGCAUUGUCAAUUUUCAACAGAGCGCUGUGGAAAUCGGAACGAAAAGUUGGCGGUCCGAAUCGAGCGAUAGUAAAUUUUAUUUUUGCGGAAACAUUCCAUUUCGACUGCUACCAAGUGAAUUAUAAAAACAUGUCGCACUACGUAAUUGAUCUUCGUUCGGAUACGGUAAGUCAGCCGACAGCGGAAAUGCGCCAAGCCAUGUUUGUGGCUGACGUGGGUGACGACGUUUAUGGUGAGGACCCGACGGUAAAUGCAUUGGAGCAGAAAACGGCAAAGUUGUUCGAAAAGGAGGCAGGUCUGUUCGUGCCCAGUGGCACUAUGGGCAAUUUAUUGGCUUGUAUGGUGCACUGUCAUCAGCGUGGCUCGGAAGCAAUUGUGGGUGAUUUAUCUCAUGUCUACCUCUACGAACAAGGUGGCGCUGCUCACAUCGCUGGUAUACAAUUAGCCACAAUACCCAACAACGUGGACGGCACAUUCUGCCUCGAAGCACUGCGUCGCAAGGUGCGCUUGGAGGACGAUCACGAGCCAAUUACGUCCCUGGUAGUGGUGGAGAAUACACACAACAUAUGCGGCGGCAAGGUGAUUCCGCUGGAGUGGCUCGAUAAACUGGCAGCGCUAGUUAAUGGCGAUAAACAGCUGCAACCCUACGGCAAGCGUAUUGCGCUGCACAUGGAUGGGGCGCGCGUCUUUAAUGCGGCCGCAGCGCUGCAGGUGCCUGUGGCACGUAUUGCGCGCGAUUUCGAUUCGGUUAAUAUUUGUUUGAGCAAAGGGCUGUCGGCGCCGGUGGGCUCAGUGCUGGUGGGAUCGGAGGCUUUCAUUAGGCAGGCACGCCGACUGCGCAAGGCGCUGGGAGGUGGCAUGCGGCAAGCAGGUAUUCUGGCGGCAGCCGGCAUUGUGGCCUUGGACACUAUUGUGCCGCGUUUGCAGGAGGAUCAUCAGAGGACUCGACGCAUAGCAGAAGCCAUUCAUAAAGCCAAAAGUCCCAAUGUCACCGUCGAUUUGGCGACUGUUCAAACGAACAUUUUGCUGAUUCAUCUGCCGAAUGCGAAAUUCGGCGCCACGGCGUUCGCCGACCGCUGCAGCGAAGUGACGCCCGAGGAGCUUGCCGCCGGCGUGCAUGCCGCACACAAGGAGCAGGGUAUUAAGGUGAAAGUGAGCGCACGCGAUUGGGAAUUUGCUCGAAUUGUGUUGUACCAUCAGAUCAGCGAUGCGGAUGUCGAUUUGGUAAUCAAGAAAUUCAAUUAUAUAAUACGAGAUGUGGAUGUCCGAUUGGCAGCAUAACUGUCAGGUGACAUAAAUGUGAAAUAAAUAUAUUUUUUUUUGUAUUUUUUAAACGACAUUUGUAUAUAAGUGCAUAAGUUUCUCCUUAGGUGGAUGAUAUUCGUAUUCAUUUCACUAGACACACUAGAGCACUUUAAAUAAGUCCCACAAAUCGACCAUUAAAGAAGACCUUUUUUGAAUUUCUAUUAAUAAAGAAGAAGGAACCCUUAAAACUAUAUUUAUGGCGAUAUAUGGAA